AUGGGCCCACCGACAGAAGAAACACAAAGCCUCACGGUGGAUUGUUUGAUCUCACCUUCAAGUGCAGACUCGGACAGAGAGAAGAUUAAAGCCAUCCUACCGGACCUUGAACAAGAAAUCUUAGACAUCAAACUGAGUAAAAAAGGCGCAAUUGAUACCUUUGUGUGGCUCCCCACAAAGACUGGGAUAUUUUCAGCCAAGUCGGGAUACUAUGAAAGCAUAAAAAUCAACAACUCCGACGCCCCACUUCCUCCACCUGCAACAAGAGAAUUCAAUUGGUCAGAAUACAUUUGGCACCUGAAAACUUCACCCAAAAACAAGCUACUCCUACGGAAAGCAGUAAGAGGUGCCCUAUCUUCACGCGAAAAUCUGCGAGCAAGAUCAAUCAAUAUUGAAGGUCAAUGCCCUUUCUGUGGAUCAGAGGAAACCUCAAUCCAUCUGUUCUUUACAUGCCCGUUCGCUGUACAGGUGUGGAAAGCAGCCCCUUUCAAAAACCAAUUACCCCAAGGAAGUAUCCACUCAAUCCGCGACUUUAUUGAAAAGGCUAAGAUACUCGUGUGUUUACCACCGAGUGGAGUAGGACAUGGCCCCCUAUUCCCUUGGAUCUUCUGGGCGAUCUGGAACACCCGCAACCACAAAAUCUUCAAUAGCAAACCAACAUCACCAGAAGAAACCCUAACUCGAGCUAUAGCACUAGGACGGGAAUGGUGUGAAGCCCAAGAGUCUGAGACACCUCCUCAACCAAGGUUAACUCAAACUUCCCCUACUUAUGCAGGAUCUGAUAUGAUCAUUUGUAACGUAGAUGCGGCUUGGCAAAAAGAGACAAAAACCGCAGGAUGUGGUUGGAUCUUCCGCAAUGAAGCAAUCCGCCAACACUGUAUAGGAUCUGCACCUCCCUAUGGAUCAGAUCACCACUAA